AUGGCAGUUCCUAGUCAUAUAAUGCCUUGUGGAGUCUUCUUCAUGUUCUUUUUUUGGUCUAUUGUCAUCUCUACAAAUCAUGCAUGCAACAAAGCAGAUCACAACUCUCUUUGGUCAUCUUUUGAUGUACCUUCUUCUGCUUUAAACUGGUCUUCUAGUGAUUGUUGUCACUGGGAAGGCAUCACUUGUGACAAGGAUGGUAGGGUAACUCAUUUGUUGUUGCCCUCCAAACGGCUCCAAGGAAGCGUUUCUCACUCUCUUGGAAACCUCACGCAUCUUUCGCACCUCAAUCUCUCCCACAAUCAGCUUUCUGGUCUUCUGGAAGCUGGACUCAUUUUGUCCUUGAGUUUCCUUGAGAUUCUUGAUUUGAGCUACAACCUUCUCUCUGGUGAAGUGCCUCUGUUUCCGCCAUCCAGUUAUAUCCGAAUAGUGGAUUUAUCCAGCAAUCAAUUCAACGGAACAAUUCCUUCUUCAUUCCUCCAGCAUGCUGGUAAUUUGAGCAGUUUGAAUGUCAGCAAAAAUCAUAUUACUGGCCAAAUGCCAUCCUCUAUCUGUCUUUAUUCUUCUUUGGUUAGAGUCUUGGAUUUCUCCUAUUUUUUUUUUUACUGCUCAAUUCCUCUUGGUCUAGGGACCUGUUCGAAAUUGGAGGUCUUUCAUGCAGGUUUCAAUAAUCUCUCAGGGACCCUUCCUAGUGAUAUUUACAAUGCUCAGGCACUUGAAGAAAUUUCAUUACCUUCCAACAAGCUUUUUGGUCCCAUCAGUGACAGGAUUGUCAAUCUUACCAGCCUCACAAUCCUAGAGAUAUACUUUAAUCAGCUGACCGGCGUGCUCCCUCACCAUAUUGGGAAGCUCUCCAAAUUGAAACUCAUGCACCUUCAUUUCAACAAUCUACAAGGUUCUCUGCCCCCAUCUUUGAUGAAUUGCACAAACCUUGUAGAACUAAAUCUGGGAUUCAACCGUUUGGAAGGAAAUAUCACAAUGCUAAAUUUCUCCAAACUUGGUCAACUUAUUAAGCUUGAUCUGGUCAGUAAUCACUUCUCUGGUUUCAUGCCGGUAAGCCUUUACUCAUGCAAGUCCCUGAAAGCAAUUCGACUGAGCGGAAAUGAUCUAGAGGGACAAAUACAACCUGAGAUUGUCUCUUUAAAAUCCCUGUCCUUCCUCUCCCUUGGCAGGAACAGACUGACCAAUGUCACAGGGGCCAUAUAUAUAUUGAUGGGUUGCAAAAAUCUCAGGGUACUCACCCUUCCAAAUAGUUUUCUAGGCGAAGAACUACCUGAUGGUGAGGCUAUGGUUGGUUUGGGGUUUCAAAAUCUCCGUCUUCUUGGUUUAUCAGACUGCCAACUUACAGGUCAUAUACCUGUAUGGAUGUCAAAGCUCAAGAAACUGGAAGCCCUGGACCUGUCUACUAAUAGACUCACAGGCUUAAUACCUGGUUGGUUGGGGACUCUUCCUAGUCUUUUCUUUAUAAGCUUGAACAAUAACUCCCUUUCAGGUGAACUUCCAAAUGAGCUUUUCAGACUACAAGCACUGGUAUCAGAAAAACAUGCAACUCCAACAGACCAUGGUGAUGUUGAACUGCCUAUCUACACGCAACGCACGAAUCAAUCCAUUACUGCUUUGCAGUACAACUAUCUGUCCAACUUGCCAAGAGCAAUUUACAUCCGAAACAACAGUCUAAGUGGCAACAUACCGGUUGAGAUUGGCCAAUUGCAACACCUUCACGAGUUGGAUCUUAGCGUCAACAACCUCUUUGGCAGCAUUCCAGACCAGAUAUCUAACCUCACAAACUUGGAGAGAUUAGACCUCUCAAGAAACCAUCUGUCGGGCGCGAUCCCAUCUUCACUGUCAAAUCUUCAUUUCUUGGCUUCAUUUAGUGUUGCAUACAAUAAUCUGCAUGGACAAGUACCGUCAGGCACUCAGCUCCAAAGCUUCGAUGCCACUGCCUUUGAGGGUAACCCAGGACUUUGUGGUGCCCCGCUUCCGAAUGAGUGCCAAAAGUUGAACACAAAUAAUAAUAAAACUUCUAACGUGGAAGAUGUACAUGACAAUGCGAAUGGAAUUCCAUGGCUUCAUAUUUCAGUGGCUCUUGGUUUCAUUAUAGGAUUUUGGGGAGUUUGUGGCCCUUUAGCUUUGAGCAGGUCAUGGCGAUAUGCAUAUUUCGAAUUUCUGUCCAAUGUUAAAGAUCGCUUUCUGGGGUAG